AUGUCCUCGUCAUCUUCCACCAAGCUUGGAAGUCACUAUGUAGAACGACCUGGAGCUAAGUCUGAGGCCGAUCUCAUUGAGCCUCUUAUGCAGGGAGAUCCAAACGAGGCGGCAUCCAAGUCUGAUACUUCUCGUGAACACAGUGCAAAUGAGGGAUUCAUACAACAAGAUGCAAAAUUCACUUCCCAGUCGCCACCUCGAAGUCCUUCUCCGGACAACCAGCAAGAGCUGUCAGUCAUCGAGGAUGUUGAGAUUGAGGCCAAACGAGAAGCGCCUGUUACUUGGAUGUCUCUACCCAAGAAGGACCAACUAGCUGUGCUCACAAUCGCACGACUUUCCGAACCACUUGCAGAACGUUCAUUCUCCGCAUAUCUAUUUUACCAACUCCGCUCGUUUGACCCAAGUCUUUCUGAUAAGACGAUAUCGGGUCAGGGAGGAAUGCUGACUGCCGCAUUUGCGGCCGCGCAGUUCGUCACUGCUGUUUGGUGGGGACGGGCUGCUGAUUCGCCCCGAGUAGGUCGUAAGCGGGUUAUCCUCAUUGGCCUGGUUGGCACGACUAUCAGUUGUGUCGGCGUCGGUUUCUCAACUUCAUUCACUCAAGCACUUUUCUUCCGAAUCUGUGCAGGGUGCCUCAAUGGUAAUAUCGGCGUCAUGAGGACUAUGAUCAGCGAAAUCAUCAAGGAGAAGAAGUUUCAAUCUCGCGCGUUUCUUCUCCUUCCCAUGUGUUUCAACGUCGGUGUUGUUAUCGGGCCUAUCCUCGGUGGAUUUCUGGCAGAUCCCAUAGCAUCCUUCCCAAAUGUGUUUGGACCAGGAUCAGCCAUUGGUGGGAAAGACGGUGUCGAGUGGAUGACCUCAUUUCCUUAUGCUCUGCCAAACCUCGUGAGUGCCUUUUUCAUCCUGGUCGGUGCACUCUGCGUCAUCUUUGGAUUAGAUGAGACCCAUCAGGCGAUAAGAGGCCGACCGGACUAUGGUCGCAAACUUGGUCGUUGGAUGUGGCGACAUAUCUUUCGCCGAGACCGAGGCGGUGGCUAUGGAUACCACCAUCUUCAAAACCAAGAUGAUCUUCAAGACGCCUCUCCUCUGCUCAAUCAAAGCGAGGAACCCCAUCAUCCGCCUCCUACGUCGAUGCAAAUGUCAACCAUGGCACCGGCAGCAUCCGACACUUUCAAGACGAGGCCACCGUUUCGGCAAAUCCUCACAAAGAACGUCAUACUUACACUAUUGUGCCAUCAUCUCAUGGCGAUGCACGUCAGCGCAUUCAAUGCUGUGAUAUUUCUCUAUCUCCCCGCCCCACGGUCAGACAACAAGAAUGCACAUCUGCCAUUCCUCUUCAGCGGCGGACUCGGUCUGUCUAGCAAAAAUGUAGGCCUUGCAACCGCCAUCAUCGGAAUCAUUGGGUUUCCACUCCAACUUCUGAUUUACCCACGGAUGCAGUCAAAACUAGGAACACUUCCCAGCUACAAAAUGUUCCUACCAUUCUCCAUUCUUGCUUACCUGAGUGCCCCCUACCUGUCCCUGCUUCCCAACCAGCCAUUGCUGAUCUGGCCUAUCUUGACUGUGGUCUUGAGUCUGCAAACAGUCUCACGCACGUUCUCUCUACCCGGGCAAACGCUUCUUGCCAACAACUGCACGCCUCAUCCCGGUGUUCUCGGGUUGAUUCACGGCCUCGCACAGAGUGCUUCUUCAGGAGCGAGAACUAUUGGGCCUACGGUUGGUGGAUGGGGCUUGGGACUAGGUCUUGCAGGAAAUUGUGUGGGAGCUAUCUGGUGGGCUAUGGCCUGUGUGGCUGCUGCGAAUUGGUGUCUAUUGUGGGUUAUCUACGAGGGUGAUGCGGGACAGAGUGUGGUGUCACGACACUGA